AUGUCGGUGCUCGUUGAGCAUGCAGCUGACUCUCCGUGGCGGUCGAUGGAGCACAUGGUGCGCGUGAUUCUCUCUGGCAGGGGGCAGUCCGAAGCCGCCUUGCUCUACGGGGCGCCAGGAGCCAACACAAUUGCACAAGGCUUCCCAGGGCCUUUUCAGGAGGUCGACGACAACCGGCAUCAGCGAGGCUCACGAUCUCGGGAUAGCAGUGUCAGGAAAUCUGCUUCGCCAAAUCUGCCCGGACGGCAGUCUAUUCGAGACGUCUCGACAUCCCGAGGUGGCCCUUUUGCAUCAAGCAGGCCUCAAACGCCGUCACGUGAGACGUGCUUGGGAGGAGGCGGUGAUGAAGUCGGUAGAAUGAGCUCCACAGGCACACCUCGACGAGCCAGGAGAUUUCCUGACGAGCGCAUCAAGAACUUGAACUACAAUGGAGACCUUCGUGAACGUUUGAACCAGGGCGGAUCCAGAUUCGUGGCAAGCCGACCCACUACGCCUCGAGAUGAAUACCUGAGAGGAGGCGACUCUGAUGUCGGUGUAGGCUACAAGGCCACACCUCGCUCAGUGUCGCCAUCCCGAGACGGUAGCACCAAGCACAUUCAUUUACAUGGCCAUUUUCGUGACAGUUUGAAUGAAGGCGGGACCUUCGUGUCAAGCAGGCCUCAGACGCCAUCACGAGAGGCAUAUCUUGGAGGAGCGGCAGAUGUCCAGGGUACACCUCGCCUUCGGGGGCAUCGUGGCGGCACCUUUGCGGGAGCGCCUGUGCAAAGAGCCCAACUGCCCGGGCAGCUGCCAAGCGAUGACAAGAGCGUCGAGCUGAUGCGAGAUUUGCUGUACACCUUCAGGUCUUUCAGAUCGGGUGAUCAAAGCUCAAGAAGCUCUCAACCGUCUUCGUCACCUAGGCGCCAACCUAGCCGAGACGAGGCCCCAAAGCACCCUGAUGUCUACGGCCCUUUUCGUUCAAGCUUGAACGAAGGCAGCACCUUCGUGUCAAGCAGAUCCCAAACGCCGUCACGGGAGGCAUAUUUGGGUGGAGGCGAUGUUCCAGGCACGAUAGACUUCAAGGAUAUACUUCGCCCUGACAUCCAUCGUGGCGGCACAUUCGUGGGAUCGAGUGGGCAAAGGGCCGAGCUGCAAGGAUAUUUGUCCGCCAGCGAGACUGAAGAAAAGCCGUUGUUCGACACACUUCGUGAAAGUAUGAGGCAGGGACCUACCGUCUGGUCUAGCAGCCGAUCGACGAAGCCGGACUACGCGUUUCUGCAGGCCAGCGAGGAUGCGGUCCAUGACUGGAAAGACGUGCUCCGCCCGGAGUUGCGCAGAGGUGGGACCUUUGUCUCUGCAAGGCACGGCAGAGAGAAAUCCAGCGACUUUCUGGAGGAGUCUGGGGAAGGGCCGCUGCACUUUGAAGACACUCUGCGCCAAAACCUCCGGCAAGGAGGUACUUUUGUCUCCUCUAGAUCUGACGUGAUUCCCUUCGACCAUUCGCGACCUUUCUUCAGAAGUCCAUUGUCAGCUAGAUACUUACCACGGCGAGAGUGGAACA